UAAAUAUACUGCCAGCUUCCUCAAAAGGUAAAGUGUAGUGUGGGUAGAUUUCCGUUUCCCUAUCAAAUCAAUGUCAUCGUCCCAUGACCAGCCGUUGAAGUCCACAGCUUGUCCUAGUACCCGCAUUGCAGUCAAGCUUUGAUUGUCGCUUAAAUAAAUCUGAUUAUGCUGCAAAAUCCAUCUCCCCACGCGCCUGACUGACAUUUCCCAUGAUGCUCAGCGUACUCGUCUGACCAGAAGUAGCUGAACCCGGAAGUGUUGUUUUGUUACUCUUUGACGGGACGCGAUCCCUCAUGUUUAUGGUGGGGGUGAGAGAGCUUUCCCGAAAAAGCUAGUAACACCUUUAAUUAUGUAUGCUCAAGGAACGGAGAGUUUGAUCAAGCAAGCAAGAGAAAUAAAUGACGAAGAGCUGGUGAAGUUUUACGGGCGCAUCUCGAAACUCCUUCUAAAUAAAGAUUAUGGAAAUGAAACGGUCGACUCGCUGCAGAGACUGCAUUUAAUCGUCUCCGCGACGAAAUAUGGCAGAAGAUUGCCAUCAGACCUCCUUGAGAAACUGCAAGCCCUGCUCUGCUCCCCUGGGUCCUCGGAGCAGCUUCAGGUGCUCUCUUCGUCCAUCCUGCGGGAGGGCCUGCCCCUUAGCGUUGCCAAGCUUCCUAUAAAGGACCUCCAGGACAGCAGGACCACCAGCUAUGUGGCAUCUGUUAUUCUUGCACAGGCCAAGAGCAAGGCUGAGCUGGCUGAGCUGAGCCACCAUUUGCUGAAGGCUGUGGAAAUUCGCCAGCCUGACGUACAGGUGUGCCGCCACACACUUCCAAUUCUCUCUGCAGCCAUCCGUUCUUCUCCGGACGUUUUGAUGGAGGACCAUGUGAACCUGGUGAACAGGAAGUUGGUGGACUGGCUGCGUUAUGCCAGCAACCAGCAGGGGGCAUCCAUGUCCACCGGAGGAUUCUUCAUGGGUCCUAGAGCUCGACAGCCGGCUCCCAUGAACGAAGUUGAUGGCGCAGUUGCCGGAGAUUUCUUCACGGUGCUGUGUGUGGGUCAGAGCUACACCGAGGACCAGUGGAUGAACAUGUAUGCCUUCUCCAUGCUGCGAAAGUGGCUGCGCACCUACGACAUCGAGGAGAACAGCGGCUCAGGCGCGGCUCAGGUUAACAGAGUGCAAUUUACACAGCCCUUUUCAGAUGAUCGGUCGGAGGUGGACGGCUCUGUGAUGUCCAUGGUCUCCGCCACGUCUUCCUCGAGUCGCCUGCUGCCCCCCAAAGAGCGCCUGCGGGAGAAGGCCUUCGAGUACUGCCAGCGCCUCGUGGAGCAGAGCGACCGCAAGGCAGUGAAGAAGGCCGACACGGAGCUGCAGAAAGCCUGCCUUGUGGAGGCCGUGACCAUCAUGAACAUCAUCUGUAAGGAGGACCCCUCCUUCGUGUAUAGGGCCUUUCCUUGCAUCAAGGCACUGUACAGCCGGCUCAGCGGAGACCUGGCCUUCUCGCGAGUCCUGCUGCCCAUCGCGCAGUUCUACCUCAACCACAGUGAGACGGCGGCUGUGGACUCUGAGGCGGUCUUCCGCCAGCUCUUCUCCUCGUUCCCUGCCGAGCUUUUCAACGAGCCCAUGCUGGCCUUCGAGUUCGUCCAGUUCUGCCGGACCAACAUGGCCGUCCUACAGGAGAGCAUGCCCCUCUACGGGCAGAGCUUCCCCAACCUCCUGAAGUUCUUAGCCUGGAACAGCCCCGCCCUGGUGUCGGAGUACAUGGAGCUGUUGCCCUCCCUGCUGGCGCCCAGCACGGCCAUCGAGCUGCUGCAUUCCCUGCUGGACCUGCCCUGCUUGGCGGCAGUGCUGGACCUCCAGCUCAGGUCAGCAUCUUACGCUGCCUCUGAGAAGACACUGUGGGACUCAGGAGGCAGCAAAGCUCCCAGCUCGCUGGAUGCUUUCCGCCAGCCCCACUACAGGGGCAUGUUCCUGUACAUCCUCAGGCCAGAGGCAGGCACUGGAGACACCAUUGACAGGCUGAGAAUGCUGCACGACAUCCUGGCCGACAUGGUGGAGAGCCCCCGCGUAGUGCAGUGUGCCCAAACCGUCCCUGUCCUCUUGCACGUAUACUUUCACACUGUUGCCCAGUUUGCAGAUGAUAAGCUGAUCAACCAGCUGGUCCUUGUCCUGCUGGAGAGGAGCAGCCUCCUGAUGGACAUAAAGAACUACCAGACGGAGGUGCAGAGAGUCUUCAGCUCUCACUUGCUGGCCUUAUGCAAGCUCCACCCAUCUCUCAUCAUGGAGCAGUCGCGGGAGCUGUUGGAUAUGGCCGGCUCCACUAUCAACAUCUACCAGAAGGAGGAGCUCUACACACACGUGGUGUGGGCGAUCGGCGAGUACCUGUCCCUGUCACAUGACGCCCGCUGCACGGUGGAGCACAUCACGUCGUCCUUCGAGACUCUGGAAGCUGUGCUCUUUGAGAUCACACAGGUGCGCCAGUCAGCCAGCGCCCCCCGCUUCUCCCCGCGCCUCGUCACCGUGCUCAUGACCACGCUGGCCAAACUGGCCUCCCGCAGCCAGGACCUGAUCCCCAGGGUGUCCCUCUUCCUCUCCAAGAUGCACUCGUUCACCUGCAGUGCUCCGGUGGUAGCCUGCUACAGCGAGGAGGACCGCGAAGCGAUUGUCACUCGCGCCCAUGAGCUCGUCAACCUGCUGAAGCUACCCAAUGUGGCCCAGUUCGUGUUGACGCCGUCUGCGUCUGGCGACACCCCGCGCUGGCACCGCGACACCAACGCCUCGCUGCCAUUUGCUAUGCGGGCGCUGAGCGGCCUGCUGCCCAAGCACAACACGUUCCUGACCGGGUGAAUGGCAGGCCGGAGUCCGGGCAGGAAGCCAAAGUCUGCCACUCCAAGCGUGAUAGAAAGCCCGCAGGUUUGGGAAAUCCUGACAGUGACUGUACUGGAAGUGUGAUGUCAGGUGCAAGGUGUAUGUCCCUGUGAGACACUUAGGAAAUUACCAGGAACUAAAUUCUGAAUCUUUAGAAUAUUCCUUUACCAGGACAUAACAGGAAAACCGUUUCCCAGUUGCUGUGAAGGACUGGGCAAGGAUGGGGCUUCGAAAUCUACUCACUUGCAUUUAUUGUAAUUGUACACAAAUACACAUUUGCAGUUGGACUUUAAAUACUAAACAUCUAGGCACAUUUAAAUGUACGCCAAGAAAACAGGUAGCUGAGGUACUGUUUUAGGUUUUUUUUGGUAAAGUUAACAUCUACAUUUACUUAUACAGUGCUUUAAAAUGCAGGCUUGUCUUAACGUUACUAAAACAGCCAGUAACUUGCACACGGGUAGGCAGUUAUAAUGUCUAUCAUUGUUUCCCAAAGCUAGAAAGUUGACAGUAUUUUUUUUUUUCAUUCCACUUAAUACAGUGUUCCAGUGUUUUUUUUUUUUCUUCUACAAAACGUAAACUGUAAGUUGUUUUCAGUACAUUAAAACUUUUAAUGUAAAACAUGCAUUAAGUAUUAAUAAAAGGAAGGAAAGGGUGCUAA